AUGAAGUUGAAGCAAUUCGACAUAACCUUUGACAACCCAGAAAAGACAUACUUUGCCGGCCAAGAAAUUUCCGGAAAGGUAAGAGAGUGAAAUACAAUUUACUUGUUAGUAAUGAACAUACCUUGCUAGAAAUACUUUCGACUUUCAGCUUGUUUGUCGGGAUCAAUUUUCAUUCUUUGAAACUUUUAUAGAUACUAUUGGAAUUGGAGGAGGCCAAACAAAUAAACGAAAUUCUAUUGGAAUUAAAGGGACGGGCCAAGACUUACUGGAGUAAACACUCGGGAAAGUCCAAAACGCACUGCACUCAGAGCGAACCUUACUUUUGUGAGCAAUUCAACACCAAAUUCACACACUCCUUUGAGAAGAAAAUCAACGCAAAAAAUACAGUAAGUAACCCUUAAUUGACCAAAAAAAGCACUGUGAUGUUAAUCAUAACUCAGCUCGUUACACAUCGAAUAAGAUGAUUUUUGGCUAUCUUGUUGAGAAUCGAAUUUGACACACAUAGACUAAAAAAUUUUUGUCAAUACGAUCAUGCAACCUGCACUUCUGGGUUGCAGAAGUUUUAAAAAUGAGAUUUUUUCAAUUGUCAUCGGGAAGUUUAUACUGCGGGGUUCCUUACAAUAUUUAUAUUUUCUGAAAGCCAGUUUUUUUUCUCUACCACCAUACCAAAUUUCAGCCUUCUAGCUCAAACAGCUAGCGAGAUAUUGAGAGAUAAAGCAAGCGCAUUCCGAAAAAAAUUGAAAAAGUCGCGGAGAUCGGUUGUGGCCCAAAAGUACAGAAUGCCGUGCGGACGUAACCAUUAAUUUUUUUAUUCUUUUAGCGAAUUUGGCGACGGAAAUCCAAAAAUUUUCCAAGUCCGAGAAUUGUAAAAAUUGUAAAAAUUUGAAGUUUCACCGAUUUCGGGCUCCAAAAUUUGGAAUAAAAAUGUCAAGGCUAAAAGCGAGCAAAAGUCUCCGCCGAAUACAAUAUGUUCCGCGUCGACGGAGAAAAAAUUUUAAGAAAAAACGCCCAUUUUCUUCUUUCUAUUGCCAAUAUAAAUGUAUUUUAGGAAAGAACUAUACCCAAAGGAAUCCAUGAGAUCCCGUUUUCUUACACCCUUCCAAAGAAUCUUCCAACAUCCUUCGAAGGGGAUUUUGGUUUUGUCAGAUAUACUUGUCGGGCCAUUUGUGAACGGCCUUGGGACUUUGACAUCGUUUCAAUCUGUCCAUUCACUGUAGUUGGAAUCGAGGAUAUCAAUCAGGACAACGAUGUAACGCACUUUUUAUCAUUUCAAUUGUUUCCGCCGGGUGGUGCACUUAUAUAACUGGUCUCUGUUUUGCAGGCCUUGGAACCAGCAACCGCAUCGGAAACAAACAGAAAAGUAUCUUUUUGUUGCCGUCGUCAAGGCAUUAUUCAUGUUGAAUUGAAUCUUAAUAGAACAGGAUACACGCCCGGAGAAAAUAUUAUUGUCAAUGCCGUGAUAAAUAACGAAACACAGAAGACCCUCAAAGCUUCACAAGCGAAACUAAAGCAGAAUGUAAACUACAAGUAAGCCCUAAGCUACGACUGGGCGUCGCGACAUUUGCGGGCAGCCGACACCUGCGGGCAGCGGACGUUCGUAGGCAACAGGACAAAAUACGGCGACUCUGCAGGUACUUUUGGAGAUAUGUCGACGCUUAUUUUCUUUAGAUUCUUUUUCUCAACCAAACUUUCCUCUUUUUCACAAUCUUUUUAUCCAGAUGAAGUGUCUUGAAUUAUCAUAAGUACAAAAGAACUGUAUCUGAUUAAAUCGGCCGAAGUCGGUCAUCAUCUUUUUUAUGAUUUGGCUCAUUUAAUUCUGGCUGUGGAUUUAUGGGGUUCUGAGAUUGAACAAUGGUCUGCCUGUCGAGUUAGUCAAUCUCCACUAGGCUUCCUAUUCUAAAACUCGGAUCAGCGCGUCGCCAUCCUGAGGUUGCUCAUCUUAUUCCGUCUGCUUCAUUGUCAGCAAGGAUAACAUACAUGCUCAUUGUCUUGCUACUGGUUGAACCUGUUUCCCAGCAAAUAUUGCCUGCCCGCAAGUGUUGGUGCUGCCCGCAGAGGUUGCCACCAAGUGUGCGCCCGCCUACGACUGAUAUAAUUUCAAAAAUUCCAGAGCAAAAACUUUUCUCGGAGUUGAAUAUGUGAAGAAUGUAUCUAAAGUGGUGGUGAAACUGGAUAAAGGGGAAAUUCCACCGACUUCUGAGUUCAGGUGGUCAAACCAAGUCAUCCAAAUUCCGGCACUACCCCCGAGACUGUCGAAAUGCAAUAUCAUCGACAUAAAAUACUGCAUUGAGCUUGAAGUAAACUCUAGAAUCUAAAUUCAUACUUAAUAUACCUAACCUUAUAAAUAAUUUCAGGUUGAUACAGUAACCGUACAGAUACCAAUCACCAUAGGAACCAUUCCGAAGAUCUCAGACAUUGUUGGAAAACUAAACAGCAGUGCAGCAGAACGCCUAUUUCCAAUUCAAUUAACGGUUACCGAUGACACCGGUAACAUAAUGGAACCCAAAGAGGACGCCGAACUUCUAAGUGAAGAAGCGGAAGCCCUAAUCAUGUCCAAGAAACGGGUCCGGAUGCCCAGUUCCAUACUUAGUGAGCUCUAUCCGACUUUACCAUCGCCGUACUACAAGUGAGAAAAUCGUUUGUACCUAAAAUAAUUUUUAGGGAAUCUUUCUUUGGUCUUGUCGACAUUUCCGAGGAGAAAGAGUCAGUUCAGUAUGGGACGACACUUUACGCACCUAAGUAUCCGUUUUAUAAGGAUUAG